AUGUUUACGGCUAUAGGGAGCGCAGCACUUCAAACUGGUCUGAAGAAGAAGAUUCCAGCCUAUGUUGCCGCCGCCGCAUUGAAAGCUGGUCUCUCGCCAUUUUCUGUUCCCGCUUUUGUCGGAGCUCUUGUCUCCGGUGACAAAGCAGCGCUAUUGAGCAUCCUAAAUAUGAAUCCUGCAAUCAUUGGAUCUGGAGUCGCCGCUCUGAAACAAGCAUUCAUGGAUUCAAUCAGAGUAGUAUUUAUUAUUGGCGCUUCCUUCGGUGUAGUAGUAUGUGUGGCCUGUCUGUUCAUUGGAGAUCUGAAAAGCACCAUGAAUUAUCAUGUGGAUGCUCCUGUUGAAAAUCUAUCGGCGAAGGACAAGUAUCAUGGAGAUGAUCCCGUAAGCCGCAACAAGCCUUAG